AUGGGUAGUCUCAAGCAGCACGAUUAUUCCUCAGUGGAGGAGAGUAGACGAAUCUUCGACUAUCUCUGCGGACAAUUCGACGAGGUUGCGUUUCCAUCAGCUAUCAAAGACCUCAAAUCAAGCAUCAAGUUCACGUCAAGUCGUGAUGCACCAUACUUCCCAAUUCCUUUCAAAGAGACGGAAACAACCGCUGCGCUGAAGGCAGUUGAAGGCGCCGUCGCAUGUCUGUUGGCGGAUUCAGUGGUGGAUAAGCCUCAAACCAGGAAUAUCAACAUCGACCUGGAAAAGACAACAGCUUUUCUAUGUCAGGCUUAUAUGGCCAAGGUGGGCGGACUUGGAAAGCUUGAUCCUGGCGUCAAGGCCCUACUUAAGGAUACGGAUUUACUACAAGCACAGUCAAAUCCAUACCGACGCAUGUCGGCCAACCUCUACGAAACCAAGGACCCAGGAGAAUACUAUCACAUCCAUGGAUCACUGGAAGCUUCGACAACUCUCAAAAUGAUCGGCCUGGAGCCCUUCAUGCCAGACUUGAAAUCUCAUGAGGACAUAGUGAACACUAUCGAGCCUGCAGUUCGCCAAUUCACCAUCCAGGAACUAGAGAGCAUGAACGCUGCUCGGCGUCAGGCUGGAGUUCCUGCACUGAAGCAUGAGGAUUUCAUCAAGACAGAGCACGGGAAGACAAACAUGGCACUUCCGCCGUGGUCGGUGGAGAACCUCGAGUCAGAGACACCCAAAUGCCCUCUGACACUAAACUCAAGCCAGCCAACAAGAAUACUCUCAGGCAUCAAAGUCCUCGAGCUCUGUCGAAUCAUUGCUGGACCAAUCAUCACCCGUAUUCUUGGCGAGUAUGGGGCCGAUGUGCUCAAGAUUACCAGCCCCAACCUGAGUGAUGUACCAUUCUUCCAAGUUGAUGGAAACAUGGGAAAACACGCUGCUGAGCUUGACCUCAAGUCCCCCGAGGGACGGGCUGAGUUUGACCGACUUCUCGCUGAGGCAGAUGUUGUCGUCGAUGGAUACCGUCCAGGUGCUUUGGAGAAGCUCGGAUAUGGAGCUACUGCGCUUACUGAGCUUGCGAAGAAGCGUGGCAAGGGUUUUGUGUAUGUCAACGAGAACUGCUUUGGCUACGAUGGAGAGUGGGCAGGUCGUCCUGGAUGGCAACAGAUUGCCGAUUGUGUAACUGGUAUCGCUUGGGAACAAGGUCGCUUCAUGGGCUUGUCAGAGCCUGUGGUCCCUCCUUUCCCUAUAUCAGACUACGGAACAGGUUGUAUCGGUGCUAUCACAGCAUUGUUGGGCCUCUACCACCGAGCUACUACCGGCGGAUCAUGGCACGGCAAAGCUUCACUUCUUCAUUACGACCUUUUGCUCUUCAAGGUCGGCCAGUACCCAGAGGAUGUCAAAGAAAGACUAAGGAAAGAUAUUGGCUCCGACUUCCUGGCUAUAAGGCACGCGCAUAGUGUCGACCAGAUCUCGGGGACAGCGUUGCUGAGGAUGCGAAACCUUUAUCCAGAGUUGUUCACUGGGGAUAAGUACGUUGAGAAUUGGUACUCAAAUGCGUACCAAGCUGAGGUUGAGGCUGUACCGCCUGUUGUAGAGAUUGAAGGCGUGGAUGUGGGAUUCAGGAGAGCGAGCCGCCCUAAUGGUGCGGACAAGCCAACUUGGGAUUUCGGGGAUGAAGCCGACCGUAAAUUGUAG